AUGUCAAGGAAGGAUUGCGAGCUCUGCGGCGGCCCGGCCCGCAUGUUCUGCGAGUCCGACGAUGCCAGUCUCUGCUGGGACUGCGACGAGAAGGUCCACGCCGCCAAUUUCCUGGUAGCCAAGCACUCCCGGACGCUUCUCUGCCACGCAUGCUACUCCCCGACGCCGUGGAAGGCCGCCGGCCUCAGGCUCGGCCAUGCCUUCUCCGUCUGCAGCGGCUGCGCCGUCGGCGACGGAGAGAACCGCCGGGUGGAGGAAUCUACCAUCCGGAGGGGUGAUGAGGACGGCGGCCUCGGCACUUCAAGCGGACCGCCGGGGAGCGAGAGUGAGAGCGAGAGCGACGACGGGGAGUAUUUCAGUGAUACCGAGGGUUCUAGUGUGGAUGAGGAUGAGGAUGCGGAGGAGGAGGACGGGGAGAAUCAAGUCGUUCCGUGGUCUGAUUCCGGCUCAAUUGCAACGCCGCAGGCGGCGGCGAGCUAUUCCAGCCGUGAGGAGAAUGCCUCCCGUUCCUCGUCGAAGAGGACGCGUGAAAUCGCCUUUGAAUCUGAGGAUGACGAUGGGUGCAGCUCGUGGGCGUACCCUGAUGCAAACUCUCAACUCUCCGACGGGUACUCGGGUUCUAAUUCACUCAGCUUGUCGAGAAUGCCACGGCGGAGCCACGGCGGCGGUUUGCUGGAAUCGCCGGAGCACGCGGCUAAUGGGGGUCAUAACACGUCAUCAUCGGGAACGGCAGCCAUUGUUGAGAAACUGAGCAGGUACCAUUAG